GCAGCUUAUAAGUGCAAUUCUAACCUCUGUCUUUUGUCCUUUAUGAUGAGGCACCCCGCAUACACCAGAACACGUUACCUGAGCCAAUCAGCGUCCAGGAUCUGUGACUACGCAAUCUUCCCCACCCAAACAGAUUUUUAGUUUCUAGUGUAGCGAGACACAUAGACGGAUGCUAAAGUUUGCGAGGAAUAGAUCACGGACUGUUUUCAUCAUUGUUUGUCAGCGGUUGCCACAAGUGUUGUGCGUGAAUGCAGAAAAAAACCACAACACAAGUGUCAUAAGUCAAGUCUGUUGAGUGGUGACAAUAAAUGGGUUGUUCACACAAACGUUCAUCUUCGCCUCAUCUCUAAUCGGAUAGUCUCUGGUGGGUCAGCAAUCAGAACUGGCAAUUAAAAAGUCUAUGGUGCAGAGCUACUAAAAGCCAACCAUUUUUUCAUGGUCCUUCGAGCCGGAGCGAGGACUGACCAGAGAAAUAGAAGAUGUCACAACAUUCAGGGGAUGAGCCUGCUGUGCGCGUCAGGAGGAAGUCAGUCCUCCCCGCACGUUAUGAUGAGUACGACCUCACUGGAUUCACUCUCCCUAAGCCUGUUCCACCGCCCCUGUCACCACUCACUCAUUCACCUAGACUGGCUGAAUGCGAUGAUACACAGGAUGGAGCAUUUGGUUUUACUCCAGUCCUACCCGGUCAUGAAGCUGACAGCCCAUCACAGUGGUCUGAUGAUGAAGGAGCUUCUGAUAUCGUAGCAAGAGAAAAUGCGAAACUACACAACAGUCUGUGGACGAUACAGCAAGAAAGGGACAUAUUCCAGCGUGCAAAUGAACAAUAUGCAAAGGAGCUCACUCAGCUCCAGCACCAAAUGAGACAGCUACAGUUUCAUAUGGGGCAGCAAAGACAUGAAAGUCAGCCCCCUGCACCUGUUGCCCCUCCAAGGCAGUAUACCUCCACCCAUGCUGUACCUGCACCCCGUGUCUGGCCACAGGGGGGCACUAACGACAUGAGCUUCACCCCUACACCCGCUCCACGACUCAAAUAUCAGUCUGAGUAUAAAGCAAGGGACCAGAUUAGAAGCCUACCUCACAGUUCUGCCCUCAGGGGGAACUUGUCAUACCACUAUGUGCCUCAAGGAGAUCAAAGCCUGAAUGCUCAUUAUUCAAAUCCUCCUUAUUGGCACUUGCAAGAUCCUGUGAGACAUCCACAGAUCCCGUUUAGGACACAAACUCCAUCACCUCCACCUGAACAAGGACCAUACCGCGGUCCAACCCCCAUGAUUCCUGACUUUAGCCAUCCCAGCCCUAGAGAGUUCUCACGGCUAAAAAUUGCUCUGGAAAAUAUACUCCCAGCCAAUGCUACAGAAAGUUUCAAAUUUCAGAUACUGACUGACCAUCUGAAGUUAGAGGAGGCUCUGCUAAUAGCAGACUCAUACUGCCAUUCACAACAUCCCUAUACAAGGACGAUGGCUGCCUUAGAUCAGCAGUAUGGACAGCCGCAUCAACUUGCACUGCAGCGGAUUGCUGAGUUAAUGGAUGGCCCAAAUAUAGCUAGCGGAGAUCAGAAGGCCUUUAGACUUUUCGCCCUUAAAGUUCGUUCUCUGGUUGGCAUGCUGGAGCAGUUGGGCAGAAAUGGCUCCUUUGAGUUGCAGUGUGGGUCUCAUGUGUCUCGGCUCCUUGGGAAGCUUCCACAUGACUUAAGAUCAGGGUUUCGGAGAUAUGCACAUCCACAUCAAGUGCCCAUCCCUACCCUCUUAGAUUUCGCAGAAUGGCUAGAUUUCGAAAUCCAAGUUCAGGAGGACACCACAAGGUUUGCGAGCAGUCAACGCAGAAUGCUCCAAACACGCACAAGAGAGAACUUAAGAGACUAUAAACCAGCCAUUAAACCCACCACAAUCUAUCUGGGCACGGAGAAAGCAACGCAACUUUAA